AUGGGGCAUAGUCGUGACAACACGCCCCAGCUGCUCGAGUUGUUUCCGCUCACGCCACAUGGAGAAACAACGGCAGAAAAGCCAGCUACCGCCAGCGAAGAUGAGGAGACUCGUCCUGAAAAGCGGUUAAGACGGAUGAAGAGCCACCAGUACUGGUAUUCAGAGGCCGAAAAUUAUUUCCAUGACACUAGACAGCAACACUCAGCACCUUCCUCAAGCACCGUCCCGCCAAGGUCAACGCCCGGGGUCCAAAUUCACGACUCAUCAGCUCCGACCAAUGAGCCUGAGCCUGAGGAGCUUCGGCCAGAAAUUCAGCAACAAUCGACAACACCAAGCGCCGUCCCACCAAUGUUGACGCCAACAAGAGUCCAGAUUCACGAGUCAGUUCUGGCUGCUCAUCAACACCAGAAUCCAUGGGCUGGUCACCAGAGCACGUUGCCCGCACCGCUCGGUCUAAAUUGGAUCCCGACCACUCAUGCAAAGCUCGCCAAAGCCCUUCAAAUUGCUCCGUACCAUAAGUCUACCAAGAAGCCAGCAGCCAAGGGUUUUACUCAUUCAGAGUCUUCUCCAAUGCGCCCGUUUCAGGCGGCUGAAAUGGUUCAAGCCGAAACUCCCCAGGUACCCUUAGGAUCUCCUCACUUGCCCACAAACGAGUAUAUCAAACGAUACUACUCAUGUCAAAUCCUGGAUUGGAAUCCACCUGAAAUCAUCGACCAAAAGGCUGCUCUUGGGGCACAUGUGAUGGCGAUAGAGCUCCAGAACUUAGUCGAAGGAGAAGAAGGUGUAUACUUAAACAAACUUCAGGUUUCACAUAAGAUUUAUAAUCCAUUCGUAUACAAGUUACUGACGAAAGACCUCAAUACGAAUCAUUGGGCGAGGUCAACAAUACCCGAAUUGUUCGAGAAUGAACGACUAGAAUACACACAGGGUCGCGCAAUUCAUUAUCGAUACCAUUUCACCAAUCAUGAAGCUAAGCUCAUCAAACUCUUGUCAGACGGCAGGAUUCCGAUGAAGAAAGACAGCAACCUGCAAAGGGCCACGACGGAUACUCUCAAUUACAAGUUCAAGUCCACCCCCAACCUCGGCCAAAAUGGAAACUCAGAAGAGCUGUUGGCUGUAGACGCAGUCGGAGACUCUAUACUUGAGAGACUGAAAUCACAUGCACAAGUUAUCAAUGGAGCCAUAUCUGACAUCACUGCGGCAGCGCCUCAAUGGGAUCCGAUUGAUUGGACCAACUCCUCAUUCCGUCGCUUCAUCAAAGAUAAUCUGAUCUUCAUGAAAACCAAGUCCCCACAACCCUUACCGGAUUGUAUCCCCAGCAACAUCCAACCCCAAAUCACUCAAAUCGCUCGAGCUGCGAAUUCAAUUCAGAAGAAAGCACGAGCUUCUUUGUCGAGUUCUAAUCAGUCCUUGUUUGUAUUAGUAAGCAAUUUUGAUGGCUUCUUGAAAGCUAAGGAAGUCCAAACAAUCUCUCUACCCAAAGUCAUACAUGAUUACUUUGAGGAAUCAUUCCAAAGGCUCAAAACCUCCAAUGUGAAGGAAAUCAUCCCAACUUCUUAA